AUGCAUCCCAACCAGAAGCCAUUCUCAUACCUUCAAUCCAACAACGACACGGAUGCCGACGAAGAUGAGGAUGACGACGAGGAGCCCGAGAUCACAUUUGAUGACGAUGAGGACGAAUUCGGUUUACCGAGCAUCGCCAGCAUGCGAAGAAAGGGCAAACGGAAACCCCUCAACAAAGGAAAAGAUCCCGGAGGCACCGGCAGCUCUCUCACCAGUCCGCUGGGAUCUGACUUCGGGUCGGCACACUGGAGGAUGAACAGCGGCGACAUUGCCGAGGAGCGCAGCGGGAAUACAAUUCCACUGUACCCCACUGCAAAGCCCACUGUAGGGAAGAUCCUGCGGCCUCAGUACAAAGACAUCCUCCGCGACCCGGCAAAUGCACUGCAUCUGAUAGCGCAUCCUCCGCUGCCACCGGGUGCACCGCAGAAGGAGAUAGAAGAACACUCGGCGCGAAUUGGUCGCAUCAACAAGUUCAAGCGUAUCCUGCAGUCCAGUACCAUUGCACUACCGGAGCUACGCUCAACAGCUUGGUCUGGAAUUCCGGUCGAGGUGCGCUCGAUGACCUGGCAGCUGUUGCUUGGAUACCUCCCUGCAAGCAGCGAACGCCGCAUCACUACACUGGAAAGAAAGAGGAAGGAAUACCUGGAAGCCGUAAGGCAGGCCUUUGAGAAAUCAACUGCAGCCAGCGAGAUCGGGAUGACGCCAUCUGUGGCGUCGAGCAAAGGGCGUGGCCGAGGCUUGGAUGAAGCUAUCUGGCACCAGAUCAGCAUCGACGUACCCCGCACCAACCCACAUCUCGAGCUCUACAGCUACGAAGCAACUCAAAGAUCUCUCGAACGUAUCCUCUAUGUCUGGGCCAUCAGGCAUCCAGCCAGCGGCUACGUUCAGGGGAUCAAUGACCUGGUGACACCGUUCUGGCAAGUGUUUCUGGGCGCAUAUAUCACGGACCCAGACAUAGAGUCGGGAAUGGAUCCAGGCCAAUUGCCCAAAACGGUGUUGGAUGCUGUUGAAGCGGACUCUUUCUGGUGUCUUACAAAGCUGCUGGACGGCAUUCAAGAUAACUACAUCUUCGCGCAACCCGGCAUUCAAAGACAAGUCGCCAGCCUUCGUGAUCUCACAACCAGGAUUGACAAGACAUUGGCGACGCAUCUCGAGAGGGAAGGGGUUGAGUUCAUCCAAUUCAGUUUCCGCUGGAUGAAUUGUCUCCUUAUGCGCGAAAUUAGUGUAAAGAAUACUAUCAGGAUGUGGGAUACAUACUUGGCCGAAGAACGGGGCUUCUCCGACUUCCACCUCUACGUGUGCGCUGCCUUUCUAGUCAAGUGGUCCGACCAACUCGUUAAAAUGGACUUCCAGGAGGUCAUGAUGUUCCUCCAAAGCUUGCCUACUCGAAAUUGGACCGAGAAAGAUAUUGAACUUCUUCUCAGCGAGGCUUUCAUCUGGCAAAGCCUGUUUAGAGGGAGUAGCGCGCACUUGAAAGGACAGAGUACGAAAGUUGGGAACGGUAUGGUUGGGAUGGGUCCUGGUUGA